ACCUCUCUACUCCGUACAGAGGAUAUACCCUCCCUCCAUCCCUCCGUCCAGCGUGCCCCCCGGGCAAGGAAAAUGUCCUCCCGUCAAUUCACAUCUCACGAGUCCACGCCACUCCUCAGCCACGACCCAAACGGCCACCCCUCCACCCUCGCCCGUAUCCGCGACCACCUACGCGCCGAAAUCUCCACGCAAUGGUCCGACCUACUCCUCAUCUUUUGCUACCUCAUCACGGGACUUCUCGACAGCUCCGCCGUCUUCAUUUGGGGCUCCUUUGUGAGCAUGCAGACCGGAAACACGGUGUAUCUGGGGCUGGGGCUCGCGGGUCUUGACACGGGCGACCGGUGGAUGAAAUCUGCCAUAUCGAUCUCGUCGUUCUGUGCGGGUAGCUUCUGCUUCGGUCAAUUCCAUCAACGGUUCUGCGCGCGCCGACGAUGGGUCCUGGCGCUGUCGUUCGUCGUGCAGAUGUUCUGCGUGGCCAUCGCAGCGAGCAUCGUCAGCGUGCGUCGGCCGAGCAAAGAGGACGGGAUAGUAUGGGCGACGGCGGUGCCGUUGGCGCUGGUGGCGUUUCAGAGCAGCGGGCAGGCCCUGACAAGUCGCGUGCUGAAGAUGAAUGGUCUAACAAGCGUGGUGUUGACCAGUGUCUAUUGCGAUCUGUUCUCGGCGCCGGGCGUGCUUGGUUUGUCGGAGGUGGAGGGACGCAGGCGAGUAGGAGCGAUUGGGGGGUUAAUCCUGGGAACGGUGAUCGGGGGAUGGUGGGCGAAGAGUGAGAUCGGGCUGGAAGGCGCGCUGUGGACGACAGUUGUUUGUAAAGGGAUGAUUGCCGCUGCUUGGCUGCGAUGGAGAGCUGAGCAAGUGUAGACUAUAGAGGAGAUAUUUUGUAUACAUGAUAAUCUAUCGAGCAGCAAGCGGACGGCUCGAAGGACUUUCUACGCGCCAUGCAAAGAUAUAGAAAGCUUUCAUGUGAUCGAGACAGGCGCUUGAAGGUCGGUGGCGGAGUCGGAAGGGAUUUUGGCGCCUUUUCAGUGUGUGCAUUUAGCAAUCUUCGUGGUGUAGCGCUCCAGCAUUAGUACUGUACAAACCCGUAUAUUCCUACUUGCCUCUUCUUGCUGCGCGAAAACCCGCCGAAUCCGGGUCUCG